CUCCCAACGAAACAGGCUGGGGAAUAAACAAGGCUUCAGUAUCUGACUGUGUCGGCGCCUCCAUCUUUAAAGGGCUGCCGCGCAACUCAGCUGCCUACAGGGAGCGAGAUGGGGGCAGUCCUGGGCCUUUGCUCCAUGGCGAGCUGGAUACCAUGUUUGUGUGGCAGUGCCCCAUGUCUGCUGUGCCGAUGCUGCCCCAGUGGUAAUAAUUCAACUAUAACAAGAGUGAUAUAUGCACUCUUCUUGCUCCUUGGAGUGAGUGUAGCAUGUGUGAUGCUAAUACCAGGAAUGGAAGAACAGCUGAAGAAGAUUCCAGGAUUCUGUGAUGAAGGCCACGUAAAUUGUGAUGUACUAGUAGGGUACAAAGCAGUAUAUCGAGUGUGCUUUGGUAUAGCUAUGUUCUUUCUCCUGUUUUCCUUAUUGAUGAUCAAAGUGAAGAGCAGCAGUGAUCCAAGGGCAGCAGUGCAUAACGGAUUCUGGUUCUUUAAAUUUGCCACAGCAGUUGCAAUCACGGUUGGUGCAUUUUUCAUUCCAGAGGGACCCUUUACAACUGUAUGGUUUUAUGUAGGCAUGGCUGGUGCUUUCUGCUUCAUUCUUAUCCAGCUGGUUUUACUAAUUGAUUUUGCCCACUCUUGGAAUGAAUCCUGGGUUGAAAAAAUGGAGGAAGGAAACUCAAGAUGCUGGUAUGCUGCUUUGCUGUCUGCCACAGCCCUGAACUACCUUCUGUCCUUGGUGGCAAUUGUCCUACUUUAUGUUUAUUAUACUCGCCCAGAUGGCUGUUCUGAAAAUAAGACAUUCAUCAGUGUCAAUAUGUUGCUGUGUAUUGGAGCAUCUAUAAUGUCAAUUUUGCCUAAAAUUCAGGAAUCACAACCAAGAUCUGGGUUGUUACAGUCAUCUGUCAUCACAGUUUAUACAAUGUAUCUAACCUGGGCAGCAAUGACCAAUGAGCCAGAUAGACGAUGCAAUCCAAGCUUGCUGAGCAUAAUUGGCUAUAAUUCCACAAGCACUCAAAGCCAGAGCCAAUUUGUCCAUUGGUGGGAUGCCCAAGGAAUUGUGGGGCUCAUUCUUUUCUUGCUGUGUGUGCUGUACUCAAGCAUCCGGACAUCCAAUAACAGCCAGGUAAAUAAAUUGACACUGACUAGUGAUGAAUCAACUCUGAUAGAAGAUGGGCUUCCCAGGAGUGAUGGUUCCCUUGAUGAUGGAGAUGAUUUCCACCGUGCUAUUGAUAACGAAAGAGAUGGAGUUACUUACAGUUACUCAUUCUUUCACUUCAUGCUUUUUCUUGCUUCGCUGUACAUCAUGAUGACUCUAACAAACUGGUAUAGCCCUGAUCCUACUUCUAAGUCAAUGACCAGCAAGUGGCCAUCUGUCUGGGUGAAGAUAUCUUCCAGCUGGAUUGGCAUUGUCCUCUAUGUGUGGACUUUGGUGGCUCCACUAGUGCUAACAAACCGUGACUUUGACUAAGCCAGGGAUCUCAUCUGAAAGAAGUUGUUUUGGUUGCUUACUUGAAGCUAUCUGUAUUCCUUACAAAGUUGUAAAUAUGAGUGUUGUGUACUAUCAUUGCAUUUUACUCUUUGUUCUGCAUGGUUACAUUUAAAUCAUGUUAUCUUGCCAUUUCAGUGACUGUUUCCAAGCUGAGCUCACUUACUACAAGAUUCACUUACAGGUAUGCUAGAUAUGAUGGUGACCUUUCUGAGUGUUUCUCCAUUUGUAUAGAAAAAGACGACUGGGGGUGGAACUAUUAGCUUGGAUCCUCAGCAGUGCAGGCAGAGUUCUGCUUCCCUGCUGCUCCCCUCUUCCUGGGAGCAAAUCGGGAGUCUGCAGUAGGAGGCAGGAUUUGCCAAAAAUCUCCCUUCCCUCCUGCACAGUCAGAAAAACCAUUUCAUCAGACGCUUUCCUUUGCUGACCAGAACCUUAGGAUCACAGACACUGUUUUAAAAGCAGGCACAAAAGCCUCACUUGCCCGUGGCUUAUCAUCCUAUAAACCCUUUACUAUAUUCUACUCUUUCAGUUGGGUUUCUCUACUGAAAGUGACACUGGCUGAAGGGCUGCAAGGAUGUAAACCAUGGGAGUGGUGGGAGAGAGCUUGACUCGCCUCACCUGUGCACCCCAUUUGCUUUGAAAACUGGAUUUCUCCUCCUGUCAUUCUAGGAGAUUGGGGUAGUUUGGAGUUUAAAUACAUCUAGUUUGCAUCUUACUACAAAAUACUGUGAGUGAAUGGAAUUAGGAGGGUCCUAUUUCAUGGAGCAGGGAAGGAAUGGCAACUGACCAUGGUUCAAAAAUAUUAUCUUCCUUUGAAGUGGCAACUGUAGUACUGUUUCUUUGAGCAGUAUAUUCCUCCCCUUCUCUUAGUAACUGCAGGAGGACUAGGAUCCACAUAUUGCAAAGGAGAUUCCUUCCUUUAGUGUUCUGAAGUAUCCAUUUUAAGGAAAGCAAUCUGUAGACCUGUUUGCAAUGAAAGGACAGUAUUUUAGAGUCCUGACUUUUUGCAGAAAAAUGCGCAUUCCACAAAAUGCUUUGAAUACUUAACCCCAUGAAAAUUUGGCUCAGCCCUACUACUCACUGCUUGGGUAUGCCUAGUUCUUGUGCUGAAAGAUUUUUUUAAUGAAAAGUAUUUGCAAUGUGUAUAAAUAGGACUGGAUUUAUCGCCAAAUAUUUGCUGCUAUAAUUACAUGGAUAACCACCAAGUGUUAGGAAAACUACAAGCCAGGGCUGCCUUUGACAAUCUUCUUGGCCCUUCAUUUGCAGGGUUGCAAUCCAGUACUAAUUUUGGUGCAGCUCAUGUAUUAGUAUAUAAUCCUACUUUCAACCGAGAUGUGUGUACUAGAAAGAUGAAGAAAUUAAGGCUAUGAGAGAGAGCUGAUGGCGGCAAGGCUUUAAGGCUACCGGUUACUUGGGAGAGGCUGAGUUUAGGUCUGAUGCUUGAAGGUAUGUCUCAUCUUAUUUUACCAUUGACCAGUGGAAGCUGGAAGCCUGAGCUUCCUGAAUGAGGACCAGCAGGAGCAAAAGAAUGUCCAGCCUUUGUUGAAAGAGGAGGAAGCCAUGGAUUGUUUUUUGGGAGCGAAGGAACAUUAGCUCAGCAGCCACUUCCUUCAAAUUCUGGGUUUUCAAACGCUUACUCUGAAACGUAUUUCUACUAGGAGUUUUCUGUCACUGGGGAAGAGUCUGAGCUGCAUGGCCCUUGCAUUCUGUAGUUGGUGCUGCUUUGUACCAAGUACAGGUCUUGCAUUAGAGGGAUGGGGAGAGAAAUGUUUACUACAAAUUUGCACUUCAAAUUUGAACACUCUCGCAUGAGGUUUCUGGAUGUGAAAAUAACUAUCAUGUUGCUCUGGUUUGUUUUUUAAAAAAAUAAUGUGCAUUGCAGUGUAAUAUUAGUUAUUAAAAGUGUAUAGAAUAUAUAUAAGCUUGUUCAUUUUUGUAUCAUUUUGGUAGUGCAUCUUUUAAAAUAAACUCAAUCAGUGUUUGAAGAUAUUUAGCCAAGUGAUAAUUGCAGGAACUGAAGCCUCAAACUAGUGUCCCUCUAGUGCUGUUAACUGUAGUGGUAUACCAUUGUUUGCAAUAGAACACACCAAGAAAAUGGACUCCUGCUGUCAGCAUUUGAUUUUUAGUUUUCGGUUUGCAAACACAUUAACAAUGCUUUUUAUGCUAUUCUUCCAAAACUGUUCCUUUUGGGUUAUUGUAGCAUCCUUUGAAAAGUUGUGCUCUUCAGAAAUAUUUUUUACAGGAUAAGCCGAUGAGAUUAGUAUUAAUUUGCAUUUAAAGAACAUCUGCAUUUUAUUGCUGGUCUCUGCAAGGAUACUGGUUCAUAUGCAGCAUGUCUUUCAUUGCUGGCAAUGGGCACAUAGAUUUUUACUGGGGGAAUGCCUUUGUCUGCAUAUCCAGUAAUUUAGUAUACUUUAAGAACUUAAAUAUCAUGCUUGUUGCUUUAAUUGAAAGUACAGUUCUGGCUUAUUCCAAUUUUAAGGUUGUCCAGUUGGAAGUGAACUAUAUUUCAGUUUCUGUAGCAAUCCUACUACUGGAUACACUGCUUAUUAAAUUUAUUCAAAACACAUUGUGAUGUAUACUUACAUGCUGAUUACGUUCAGUGUGAAAAAUACAGUUGAAGGUAGGUUUAAUAUUAAAUGUGUAGCCAUUUUGAAUGUGAAUGUAUGCUGUACCAAUCAAUAAAUGUUCAGAUAUAUUUCUUCUGUU